AUGGGUGGCAAGGUUUUCGAGCAUUCGAAGCUUCUAACGCCUCGCAUGUCACCAGAACUAUACCGAAGGAUGAUUGCGCAGUGCCAGCCAACACUCGAGACUAUAUUCAGAAACGUUGUUGUUCCUCGAGAGGCCCCCAACAAAAUAGAUCACGGCGACAUUGACUUCUUAGUAGAAGGCAAACUUCAUCAAGUCCCGGACGAAGAUAUUUGGAAGUUGGUUGAAGGCGGCCUUGCAGCUGAAUUUGUGGAGAAGCGAGGCGAAUCUCGAUCCUACGCUGUCCCUCAUCCAGACAUACUGAAUGCAUACGUGCAAAUCGAUAUCGAGCUAUCUCCUGGGAACGGUAUUAUCGGUGCGGCCGAUCUCUUCGAAUGGAUGAAGUUCAUGAAAGGCGACGCCGACCUCCUGCAGAUCAUUGGUAUCGCACAUCGGCCAUUGGGUCUGACCUGCAACAACCGAGGCCUUCAUGUGCGGGUGGAGCAGAUAGAGCCAUACGAUAAGAAGAAGGCUCUUCUCUUCCUAACGCGAGACCCAGACCAGGCGAUGCAGUUCUACGGCUUUGACGUCGAGAAGUACAAGGAGGGCUUCAAGAGUGAGACUGAUCUAUUCGACUGGGUGGCUGCGGGACGGUUCUUCUCAUCUGAAACAUUGGAGCAUCGGGUCGAGAAGUCGGCCGAUCGGUCGAGACUGCUUAAGAGGCACAUGUAUCGUCACUUUGUGGAGGACUAUAUGCCGAAGACCACCAGAAUCGCUGGCAACCGUUGGACACGACAAGAAGUCCUUCGCGCGGCCACCAAGACGUUCGACGUACAAAAGAAAUAUGACGACAUGAUGGCCACACACAACGCGGAAGAAGCAGAAAAAGAACUCUGGCUGGAAGUGAAGGCCAUCAUACCCGCGAAGGAUAAGGCCCUCUCGUCUGCAGUCAAACCUCUGAAGCGCUGGGUCAGGUUCAGCAACUGUCGACCAGUGAUUGGCGAUCGUCCAAUUCCGCAUACAGAAUACUUCAGGUGGUCAGAGCACGUGGUGCAAAGCAAUAAGAAUGAUGUUCUUGGAUGGGUUGCGCUAAACUGGCAGGCGGUUAAGAGCCACGACAGAGCGUAUGAGAAGCAUCAUGGGCAUUCUCCGUACGGCCCAUACUCUUCUGAGCAGAGCGAAAGCUAG